CUUUAGACUGUUGCAUUUCCUAAUCCCGAAAUGAGCAGUGUUUACUAAGUCGGCCGUCCUGCCACAACUCUUAACUCAUUCAUAAAUCCGUAUGUGUAAAUAUUCUACGGCUGCAAAUGUUAUGCAAAAUUAGCUGUGCCUAGCAGUUGGAGGUUAGAAACAGUGACUGAUAAGAUUUAUGCAGAUGAAACGAGUCUGUGCUCGCAAGGGGUACUUAUAAAGGCGAUAAGUCCACUCUAAUCUGAACUGGUUGCCACGGCUGGCUGUGAAGUACUCGAAUCAAGAAGGGUGCCUUAUCAAUCUGAACAAUGAGGGAAUUCGUUCCUGUGGCAGUUUAUCUCGUGUUGUUAACAUGUUGUCGAGGUGAGCGAAAGUUUGACUGGGAGCACAAGUUGAUCACGACCCUGUUCAAAGAUUACCAGAGGGACGCCCGCCCUGUGUACAACAAGAGCGAGGCAGUACGAGUGUCGCUAGACAUAGCCUACAGUCAGCUUAUAGACCUGGAUGGCAAGAACCAGAUAUUGUCAAGCAAAGUAUGGAUUCGACAGGUAUGGCGGAAUCCGUUUUUAUCCUGGAAUCCUGACGACUACGGAGGUCUUGAGAGCAUCAACGUGAACUCGAAUCUUGUGUGGAAACCUGACAUUAUACUAUACAAUAAUAUUGGCAUCGGUCAAACAGGGGCCAUGUACAAUUUCGACACCAAAGUGGUGAUAGAUAGUGACGGAACCAACUCAUGGUACGCGCCGACGGAGAUCAAAAGCAUCUGUCAGAUAGACAUCACCUACUUUCCUUUCGACGCACAGAGCUGCCCAAUCAUCUUCGGCUCGUGGACGUACACCGGGAACUACCUUAACCUCGUAAACGCGCGGAACCAGUCAGAUCUCAGCAAAUACACCAUAAGCGGGGAAUGGGAACUAAAGUCCGCUCCUGUCGUACGUAACGUCGUCAAGUACAGCUGUUGCAAGCAUCCUUAUAUAGACGUCACAUAUACUAUCAAUAUACGACGCAAGGUGCUGUUCUACCUGAACAACUUGAUAUUACCGUGCAUGGUCCUGGCGAUCUUGACUGUGUGCUCGUUUUUAUUACCGCCGGCGUCCGGGGAGAGAAUCUCCUUGGUGAUCACCAUUCUGCUUGGUCUGACCGUGUUCAUGUUGGUCUUCACCGAGAGUGUUCCGCGUACGUCCGAGGUCAUCCCCCUCAUCGCAAAGUACUCCUUCGCAGUGAUGUGUGAGGUAGCGGUAUCGCUUCUCCUUACCUGCGUAGUGAUGAGGAUCUAUCACAAGAACUCGCCCAUGCCUUUACCCAUGCGAUAUAUUGUGUAUAAUAUACUCGCACCCGUCCUGAGAAUGCAUCCGACGGGACGAAAUACAAAAGUUGAGAAGACCAAACAGAACAAUAAUUCAAUGUAUGAAAGAAAGCAUAGCAGUUUCCUAUCGCGUGGGCCGUUUACUUACAUCACUAAACCAAGAGAAGAUACCGCACUUUGCUGCGAUUCCGUUUCAACAGAGAAACUUCAAAAGAACUUGGAAUGUGAUGAAAAUAUGUACCCACUCUUGGAGUCGGAAAAUUCGCACUGCUCUUCAGAGGAAAAGCUUGAUGAACUGUGCCAUGGUGUGUCGUCUAUCCUGGAGCACCUUAGGCAAAAUGAACAUUUAGAAGAGAAGAGAAAUGAGUGGCAUUUUGCGGCGAUUGUCUUCGAUAAGGCUUUCUUUUGGAUUACGGCAGCUACCAUUGUGGGAUCCACACUUAUAUUCUACUUCCAGAUUCCUAUGUAAACAAAGGGAUGAUCUGGAAAGCGGAAGAAAAGCCUUUCCAAAAUACAGCGAUAUGAUCGCACUUUGCGGUAGGCCAAGGAAAACAGCACUUUGUACGUAAAGUAGAGAGCAAAGCAGAGGAAAAUAGCACUUUGUACGAAAGGCAGAGAAC